AUGGCUACCGAACGAGUCACCUCUAUCCUCAAGCAACUCUCGCCGACCUCGCCAGUGGCCGCCAUUACCUCAAAGAGCCCAGACGAUGUCGUCAUCACCCUCGCGGUCCGAACGCCGCUCUGCAAGGCCAAGAAGGGCGGGUUCAAGGAUACCAGUCUCGAAUACAUAAUGUACGCGCUGCUCAAGGCUACGCGCGAGCGCAUGGGUUUCUCGCCGGACCUUGUCGAGGAUGUUUGCAUGGGCAACGUCUCCGACGGCAAAGCAGCCUACAAAGUGCGCGCCGCGCUCCUCGCUGCCGGCUUCCCGAAUACCACCGCCGCCUCGUCCGUAAACCGAUUCUGCUCCUCGGGUCUGAAGGCCACUGCCGAUAUCGCCGCCGGCGUCGCCACUGGCGCAAUCGAGAUCGGAAUCGCGGCCGGAGCCGAGUCGAUGACAACAGGAGGCGACGCACUUGAGCAGCCUUUCGACGAAGAGGUGCUCAAACAAAGCCAGGAGGCCGUCGACUGCAUGAUGGCCAUGGGAUGGACGAGCGAGAACGUGGCCAAGGACUUUGGGGUCACCCGCGACGCCGUGGAUGAAUUCGCUGCAGAGAGCUUCAGAAGAGCCGAAGAGUCACAAAAGUUCGGCUGGUCCACUGACGAGAUCGUCCCCAUCACAACCACUGUCAAGGGGCCCGACGGCGAGUCGAAGACGGUCACGUUGACGAAGGACGAGGGCAUCCGACCUGGGACGACAGCUGCAGGGCUGAAGAAGAUCCGUGCCGCCUUCCCACAAUGGGGUCCCGUCACCACGGGUGGCAAUGCCAGUCAGGUCACCGACGGUGCGGCGGCGGUAGUGCUGAUGAAGAGAUCGAAAGCCAUCGAACUCGGCCUGCCGGUCAUGGCCAAGUACGUAGGUUCGACCGUUGCCGGACUGCCGCCCAGGAUCAUGGGUAUCGGUCCCACGGUCGCGAUCCCCAAGCUCCUCAAGCAGCACCACCUCACGCUGGACGACUGCGAUGUCAUCGAGGUCAACGAGGCCUUUGGUACCAUGGCUGUCUACACUAGAGAUCACCUCAAGAUAGACUGGGCCAAGAUGAACCCGCGGGGCGGUGCUAUUGCCCUCGGCCACCCUCUCGGCACCACGGGAGCUCGACAGAUCGUCACUGGUCUGAGCGAGUGCAGGCGGACGAAGAAGAAGAUCCUGCUGACGAGCAUGUGUAUUGGGACGGGUAUGGGUAUGGCUGGACUCUUCGUGAAUGAGCAAUGA